CUCACGUGUGCUUCCUAGGACAGAUCUCCCUGUUACACUAAUAGGCUCCAUUCAUUGGUAAGAUCUUCCGUCUGGAUUUGUGUACUUUAACCUUUUCGCUGCCAGGACUAUGUAGAUUGCGCUGGGUUGUCUCAGACAGUGUUUAUUUUUUUUAUUUUUAUUUUUUUACUGUGUGCAAUAAUAAACUAAACCACUGAGGGCUUAUCUUUGGAACUCCAGUUGGUUUAUAGUACAUUUCCCAAUAUUCCAGUCCAACUAUUUAUAGUCCGAAAAUCCUUUCAGUAAAUGGAUUAUUAUGUAGCCAGUAAAAAAAAAGUUCGGUUAACUAUGGACAGGUCAACUUUAACUCCUUAAGGACCAAACUUCUGGAAUAAAAGGGAAUCGUCAUAUGUCCUUAAGGGGUUAAACUUCAUCACCAGGGGUCAAAUUCAGUUUGUCAUUAGGCACAAUAACAAACAACUUUAAUGUAUAUCUGGUCUUCAGGGUAAUAAACUAUGCUACUAAAAUUCAGCUGGCUUAUGAAUAUUUCCAGAAUUCCAAGUAGGGGCUGUUGUAUACUACAAAAGACAAUUAAAUAAAUGCUUCCUUGUCGUAAAACAGUUCAUUAUUAAUAUUAUUAUAUCACUAUUUAUAAAGCACCAACGAAUUCCACAACAUUGGAAUACAGUUUAAAAAUAGUAAACAAUAUGAAGACUGAUGCUCAGUGUGGAAAAUCAGUGCUGCCAAACUGCUUACAAGAAAAUUUGUAAAUAAAAUUAAAAAAACAAUCAUAAUUAAAUUGUCAUGGUACCUUCAGGCCUCUGGCACAUUCUUACCUUCAAGUGUUAAACAGUUCUCAUACUAAAAAGGAGCCCCCAUGUUCCUGUUAUGGUGCUCUUCUUCUCAUAUUAUGUGUGUACUAAUGCAAAAGCAUUUGCACAAUCUGCGAGGAGGUGGCAGUGAUUGGCUAAGAUCACCAAACUGGCUCCCUCUGCUUAUCACUGGCUGCUCAGCACUAGCAAAGCUCCAUAAGUUUAUUUUGCUAGGCAGAGAGCAUCAGCUGACCUCCUCAGCUAAUCACUGCAGCCUCCUCAUUACUUGUGCUAAUGUGGAAGGGGACAGGGGCUGAAGAAGGGGACAGAGCUGAGGAAGGGGACAGGGGCUGAGUAAGCUCCUCAGUCCCUGUCCCUUUCCUCAGUCCCUGUCCCCUUCCUCAGCCCCUGAGGAGGGGGACAGGGACUGAGGAAGGGGUCUGGAGCUGAGGAGGGGGACAGGGACAGAUCCCCCUUCCUCAGUCCCGGUCCCCCUCCUCAGGGGCUGAGGAAGGGGGGGAGGGGGACAGGGGCUGAGGAAGGGGGCUGGAGCUGGAGCUAAAAAAAAACCCCUCUCUGAGGCUUACCUUGGGCCAGGAAGGAUGGGACAGGAUCUGAAGCCUGCAGUCAGUGGAGUCGGCCGGCCCCUCCAGAUGAUGUCAGGAGGAGGGGGCGUGACUUCCUCUGCUCUUCUCCCAGACUCCUCAGCGGUCCACAGGCAGGGGAUUCGGAUUUGUGCUCCCCACUGCUCUGGCGGCUGCUUGUGCCAGCCCUGGGUCCUGCAGGACUAAUAACGGUAAUGGCGUUCCUGCUGUUUAAAAAGUGCAGGAACGUUGUUCCCAUGCGUUCCUGCAGGAAUAGAGCCCUGGUAUCUUCUCCCUCAGCAUGCAGACACUGAACUUUCCUCAUAGAGAUUCAUUGAUUCAAUUCAUCUCUAUUAGGAGAUGCUGAUUGGCCAGGGCUGUGUUUGACUUGUGCUGGAUCUGCCUCUCACAGUCUCAGCCAAUCCUAUGGGGAAGCAUUGUGAUUGGCUUAGAACAACACUUCUGAUGUUGUCAGCGUGCAGCUUGCUAUUCUAAGGCAAACCGGGACAAAAUCAGCAGCUUCAGGCUUGAAUACAAGUAAGAGUUUACUAUAUUUAGGGAGGCAAGAGGGGGGCAGGGGACUAGAUGGUGGUUUUAACACUAUAGGGUCUGAAAUACAUUGUUUGUGUUCCUGACCCUAUAGUGCUCCUUUAAUUGAUAUGAAGUUGUUAUAGUACCUGCAGAAUUCCUAUAAUUAUAUUCGUUUGAUAUGCAAAAGUAAAUAUUACAAAAAAUAGCUGUGAUUGUAGUUCACAAAUAACCCACUUCAUGGCAGCACUUGUCUACAGCAAGAAAUAGAUAAACUCUGCAGCUAAAAGUACCCAGGUGACUGGGUACUUUGGAUGUUCUGGAUAUUGGGAAUGAUGGCUAACGUCAUCGCUAUGUGCUGCCAACACAGCUUAAUCUGGCAUUAACCAUCAUUGCAAAGUAUAUACACUGUUAAAGGAUCUACAGUAUCGUCAGAGUUUUUCGCUGAUUAGUAGGGACAACACUCACGCAGCCACUCGAUGCACUUCUUGUCGUGGUCCUACAAUCUUGUCUUUGUAUGAAGAUCCUGAAGCCAUCUCAUAUAGAUGCAUUUAGCUAUUGAAUCAUCUUUAUUUAAGUUAUAUGGGGGAGGUCCCAAUAAUCUAAAAAGGUAGAGAAACACUGUUAAUGUUAGAAAGAAAUGUUUGUAUGUCUAGCGUUAGUGGGUUUCAGGCAGAUAAAUGUUGCUCCCAAUUAAGAAUCACGUAAAUGGUAGUGCUCGAGGAUGUUAGUCACGGGAAAUUACCUUCCUUUUCUAUUUCAUAAACACGAACAGCAAUGUCACUGGCAUGGCAAUAAACAUGUCUCAAAAUGUCUGCUUUUAUUUCUUUUCUUUUUUUUUUUUUUUACCAUUUACUCAUUUGUUUUAUUUUUCCAAAUAAUAAAGGAUACAGAAAGAAAAAAGGGGUAGGGGACAUCCAAACGAGAUAAUUUAUCUCUAUACAUAUCUUCAAUAUUGUAACAUAUAGUUCAUCACUUUAUAUAGACAAAAUUCCCAAAACGUAACCUAUCUUAUAUAGCUUGUGUGUCUUAAAAUGUAUAAAGUAAAUUACAAUGAUAAUUGAUACACACAUUCAAAAAUACUUAUUUAACUAACCCUUAUGUUGCCUCCUUUGCUUUAACCAGUGAUAAAAGCAGUUGUCACUCCAAAGGAUAUCACUGUGCCAACCAUGCCUAGUAACGAGGGAGACAUAUUUCCUAGUUUUGGUUACCCAUGCUUUUAUUUCUGAAAUCACAUAUUUAAAAUGCCAGCCUUACUACAGAUGUUGAGUCAAAGAGAGUUGUUCAGUAAACCAGGAUUUAUAGAGCAAUAACAAAGGAAUGGAACAUUUUAGAUGAAAAUACCAAGGUUGGAGAAAUAAGAUGGCCGACCAUAAAACAUUUUUAGGGUUAUUUACCAAGUGAGAAUUUCUGGAGUUCAAAGUGAAUUUUAAGUUUGAAGUGCAAGUAGCCAAACUGGAAGCAUAACUGAUGUGGAGACUUUUUCCAGUUUGCCUACUUUGGCCUGAAAUUAGAAUUUUCAUCAAUUCUCACUUUAAUAAAUAUUCCUCUUUGUACCAUAUUUCAGUGAGAUAGAGAGACAGUCUAUAGCAUUUUCCUUCAUGGACGGUCCAGCGCAGCGCUAUAGAUUUUCAGUACAGAUCGAAUAGUCAGUGACUGAUACACCAGUGCUCAACUGAGGAUAUUUUAAGAGCAUAUACUCUGGAAGGAUAUAAGAGUGCUGGCAUUGACAUAAGAAAUAAUAAUUUGCUCUACUGCCGUGUGAGCCUCUUUCAUGUUGACAAGAAACUUCAGAGGUAAUAAAAAGUUGCCCUUAUAUUUAUUUUUAAAAACCUGUUUAUUGUCACAUUUCUUUUAUUUCUUUGUAUUGCAUGCAAAGCACAGUUUGGCAUCCAGUGCAAAUCAGUUUUGUUCCCUUAUUUGUGAAUGUGCAUUGCCGAAUAUGGCAUCACGGGAAAGAGGUAAUCUGUCUCUACACUGUAUGUUUACCUACACUGUAAUCCACAUCCUUAUAAUAGCUUUAAUGGGGUAUACUGUAAACAGAAUGAUCAAUUUGUCAACAGUUAGAGUUUAUAAAUAUAUAUAAACACUUUUUUAUUGAGGCCAUUGUAGAGUUAGAUAAAGAAAGAAAGAAAACAUUACAUUUUAAUUCAUUGUAAGAUGAAGCUAGUUACAUAGGAUGUCAAAGCCUUAGUUUAACAUUAAAGGACCACUAUAGUGUUUUCCUGACACUAUAGUGCCCUGAGGGUGCCCCCACCCUCAGGGACCCCCUAUCGUGGCGCUGAAGGGGUUAAAAACCCCUUCAGCCACUUACCUUAAUCCAGCACCGGGCUCCCUCGGCGUUGGUGAUCUCUCCUCCCCCGCCGACGUCAGCGGAGCCGAAUGCACAUGCGCGGCAAGUGCUGCGCACGCAUUCAAAGUGUUCAUAUGAAAGCAUUUCUCAAUGCUUUCCUAUGGAUGCUCUGCGCAAUGGAGGCGAAAUGUGCCUCCAGCAUCGCAGAUGCGCCUGUAGUGGCUCUCCGGAAGACAGCCACUAGAGGCUGGAUUAACCCCAAAUGUAAACAUAGUUUCACUGAAACUGCUAUGUUUGCAUCUGAAGGGUUAAAACCUGAGGGACCUGGCACCCAGACCACUUCAUUGAGCUGAAGUGGUCUGGGUGACUAUAGUGUCCCUUUAACAACAUCCCCAAGCACGCCAUGGACAUUAUCACCUCUCCAGGGUCCAAUCCAUUGGUUAAAACUCUUCUGUUGCGAAAAUUAUAUAAAUAUUGAAUUAGUUAAAGAACUGGUUUUCCUGAAAAGCAAUAUUUCAGGCUCUGGAACAGGUGUGGCCAGGCAACUGGCUUAAAUGCCUUAUGUGCUUCAAGACUUCGUAAGAGUAAACGAGAUGACUCAGGAGAGUAUUGAACAGAUGUUUUGCAGCUGUCGCCAUUCUCAUCCAAACAAUUGUUUGAAAUGAAAAUUAUGUGCAAAUUAGCGGAGCCAAGCAGCCAAUUUGAGCAGACGCACGUUUGAUGAGCUCAGGGACGAAACAACACAAAACAGCGGUACAAAAACGUUUUCCACCGCCAAAACAACGCCUAUGCCCACAAUGGGUCGACGGUCCAAAACACCCAGGGCAGACAAACCUGCUGAGGGCAGGAACACCUCCGCCGGGCGCAGGGAGCCUAUGGCCCCAAGAUGGCCGCCGACACGGACGAUAACUCUGACUCCUCCGAGGAGAUACUACAAAGCAGAAGCUGGGCGGAUAUACUACAUCCACCACAGGUCUUGCAGGUCCCGCAGAGCACACAACCAGUGCCUGUGAUGGCGGCUGUGCUGAAGGAUAUGCUAGCCGACCUCCAAAAAACGCUGCAAGCUGACAUGGCCACGAUCCAGACUGACCUUUCAGGCGUGGUAGGAAGACUGACCACCAUGGAGACGGCAUCAGAAAGCCACACAAAGUCACUAAAGACCCUAGAAGCGGAGGUACGGCCCUGAAGAAGCAGCAUGCCACCUUAGAACAACGCUUUGCGCAAACGGAAGAUGCCAGGCGCCACACAAACAUCAGGUUGCGUGGGCUCUCUGAGGAUAUACCUAACGGGGAGCUCCCACACCUUAAAAGAAGGUUGGUGGAGUCCCUCUUACAGCCCAAGCAAGCGAAAAAAAUCACCUUUGAGGGGGUAUUUCGAAUACCGAAGCCGAGAGGAGCCCCAGCACUUGCAUCUAGGGACUUGGUGGUACGCUUCCACUCCCUCAGAGACAAAAUGCUGAUACUAAACGCACUGAGGGGAACCUCACCCUACGUCUUCGAGAACAUGAGGCUCUCAUUUUACGAAGACCUUACCGGGGACACCAUGUUGUGGAGAAAGUCCAUGCAACCCUUCACAAGCCAACUUAGAGCCCUGGACAUCAACUACCGUUGGAGGCCACCGCGGAUACUCCAAAUACAGCGGGGUGACAUGACCUAUUCGGUGCAAACCUUGUAACAAGCGGUUGACCUACUGGACACUCAAGGACACCCAAGAGACUCUCUCUCGCCACCCGCAACGAGGGGGGGCUCCACGAUACAGCACCCGCGUAACCCGACUCGGCCCACGCAGGCAACAGGAACCAAGGCACGAGACAAUAUAGUGGCCCCCACAUGAAGCACGGAACCAGCCUAAUGGGUAUCAGACUGUUACCACCAAACAGUUUAAUCCUCUAAAGGCAGCCGACUCAACGGUGCUUAGCACCAUACUACCUGGUUAAAUGUUUAUGUUUACACUUAGGUUGUUUUCAUUUGGAUCUUAAGAUCCCACAAAGUUUUAAUGUGUACCUUUCUACUUAAUCCUCCUGCUAAGUGGAGUUAGUCCGGGGACAAUCCGGCCCUUAACCCCUGCCUCCGCACCUCAACAACACCCGUGGGAAACGGCAGAGGAGUACUUCAUCACUUGUGCUAGGUGCCUACUGUCACACGUAACUGCACAGCCUAGACUAGAACACCGGAUAGGUCAUGAGCACCCUCUUCUAACUAAUAGCCUCUAAUGCGACACAACGACAUUCUCAGAACGGCCCUACUAAUCUACAUCCCUCAAGUCACUGACACAAUUUGAACUGGUCUACUGGCCUCAUAGCGAGGGCCCCCAAAUUCACAAACCCGAGCAUAGAUGAAGUUGAGCCCCAUCACAGGGGAUACUCCCCUCGCACAUAUGGGUCAAGAUCACACACACGCUGGAACAACCAUGCGAGAUACCCACAGACACUGAGGCACACCAGCCAGACAUCUAUCCUGUGCUAUUUAAAUACUGCUACUAUAGGCUGGAGCUUAGAUGCUUGUUAAAAAUGUAAUAUCUAAAACAUGCGCUCAAUCAUGCCAAUGUGUACGUAUUGGCAAUUGUAUAUGCUGUUGUGGCAAACUGUUGAAAUUCUGUACCCACCCGCACAACGAAAAAUAAAGAAUUUAAUAGAAAAAUAUGUGCAAAUUAUUUUUGUAAUCUGUUUGCUUUGAUCUCCGUUUUUAUAUAUUGAUUUAAUGAUCGGUCUAUGUGAUUCUAGUUAAUCAUGAUUUUUGUUGGGUUUGAGAAACAGAAUGGUUCUAACCACCCCCAUCUCCUCCAUUGAACAAAGUGGUGUUCCUUUAAAGUUUAAAUAUAUUUUGACUUGAAUCUAUCAGGUCCUGGAGCAUUUCAUGUGGGCAGAUUAUAGCUGUUUAACAUUAUGUAAAGUAAUUGCAGAAUUUAGCAUUUCCUGUUGAUCAUACUUAGUCUAGAGAUGCUUUAUGUAAGAGUUCCGCACCCUGGAUGUCAUCAUCCUGGUCUGCCAUGUAAAGCUUUUGAAAGUAAUCUUGGAAGAGGGAGUUUUUGUGGUUAUUACCAUAUAUGCGGGGUCUUAAAGGGUCUGUGAUAGUUGGGAUUUGGCAGUGUUUAGAGGUUUCUCCAUCCAAUUGCUUAAGGAAUUUACCAGAUUUAUUUCCACUGUAAAAUAAUUUCGUUUUUUUCUUGUGGUCUAGUUGUGGCUUAGCUUUUUCUACUGAUAGCAACUCCUGUAGGCCUUUGGUUUCUGUAUAAUGCAUCUAGUUUUUUUUGUUGUUGUUUUUUUUAACUUACAGACUAACAAGAUAAGGUAGUCCUGCAUUAAAAUCUUCAAGGCCCACCAGCACAGCAUGGGAUUCUCCACGUGUUCUAAAUGAUCAUAAACAUUGUUACACCUUGCUGUUUCCAACAUUGCUACAAAGGUGCCAUUGAGUAAAUAAAAAAGGAAUUGCCAAUUCCUCGACUGGAUGGGGGUGUAUUCAGAUAUGAUUAUGUCAGUGGAGAAAAUGAGGAAGUAAUCUAGUGUUAAGGAAAAGAUGUGUGUACUGUCUAACCCAGGGUUGGGAUACCUUCGGCCCUCCAGAAGUUGUGGACUACAUCUCUCUUGAUGCUUUGCCAGCAAUAUGGCUUUAAGAGCAUUAUAGGAGAUGUAGUCCAAAACAUCUGGAGGGCUGAAGAUUCCCCACCCCUGCUCUAACCUGAUGAUCAGUGAUAUGUCCAUUAGAUCGAGGUGUUGAGUCAGCAAGUGUAGCGAAUGUCUGUAAUCUGUUACAGCUGUGGGAGAGAAAUCAGAUUAGUCCAUUGCCGCAUCCAUGACAUUAUUAUGGUCACUUUGUAAGAUGAUGUUUUCUUCCGAGAGGCAAAGCAAAGUUUCCAACAAUUUUCUAUAUAAAAUGGAGCAUUUGAAACAUUUGGAGAAUAAACUGUUACUGUUUGAAUCAAAUUCUUUCUCUUCCACAAAAUGUAAUGUUGAUUUAAAAAAAUACAUAUUUCCUAUAUAAAAAAACAAACUAAUUGACACUUUCAUUUCACCUGUUAUAUAUCUAUAUUUUUUAAGAAGAAAUUUAGCUUUCUGGAGCUAUGGUGAUUUUGCGGGAGGGACUUUGUCCUGGAUUAACAGCUGACAUAAUUGGAGCGCUAAAAACGAACAAUGUGAAAACAGGUAACAUCUGGUUUGUGAACUAAAGUAGUUUGUCAAUUAAAUGUCUUCUCACUAUUAUUAUAUUCUGGAUAUCAGUUUUUAUAGAUGUUUCACUGGUUUUGUCAGUGCACAAAGCUUGGAGUCGGCUUGGAAUAUUCAGCUGUGGACACCAGCAACUUCAAUGUAUAAAGGGACACUUUAGGUACUGUAACUGCCUCAUCUCAUUGGAGUCAUUAAAGUGUCUGGAGUCUUCUAGUGUUGAUACUAUGUUCAGUGUUAAACCAGUUUUAAUGCUAAAUGAGAGUCGACAUCAGCCCAUCCACGAUGUGUUGCCCAUGCUAAUGAUGAAGCAUUAGCCCGAUCAGCAGUGGGUGGCCACGAAUUACUUAAAGUGUCAUCUGACUGCUUUCAGUCUAUCAUAUUCUUUCAUUACUGGUAUGAAUUGGUAUUGCUAAGGAAUAGUGUAGCUUCAGCACUAAAUCUACAGACAGGGCAGGAGUCUCCAGACACUAUAACCAAUUCAAAUAAAAUGAAAUAGGUGUAGCGCAAAAAAAUGCACAUUUAAUGUAAUAAAGGUAAACCCUAACAUUAAAGAUACGAACAAUGCAGUCAUCCAGGCCACUUUAUCUCAGUGACAUGGUCUGAGUUCAGUGGUCUUGUAAUUUUAGCUCUACAAUGGAAUUGGAAAACACAAUACGAAUUUUAAAAACUGCAUUGUCCACCUUGCAGGCUUAAAUCCACUUCUAGUGGCUAUCUUUCUGACAGCCAGAACAGGUGCUUCCACCUCCAGACCAAAGUAAAACUGGCUCUGGGAAUUAAAUGCCAAUAGCAGCAGGUGUGUAUACUCAUUCUGACCGCAGUACUGUCACUUUUGUUGUUUGUUUUUUUAAAGAUAGAAUCAUCUCAUUUAGACUGUUGCAAUUUCAUUAACUUUUCAACUUAAAGGACCACUAUAGUGCCAGGAAAACAUACUCGUUUUCCUGGCACUAUAGUGCCCUGAGGGUGCCCCCACUCUCAGGGUCCCCCUCCCGCCCGGCUCUGGGGAGAGGAAAGGGGUUAAAACUUACCUUUUUCCAGCGCUGGGCGGGGAGCUCUCUGCCUCCUCUCCUCCUCCGAUCCUCCUCCUGGGCUGAAUGCAUACGCUUGACAAGGCUUUCUUGGCGCAUUCAGCCCGUCAUAUAAAGCAUUUGGUGCUUUCCUAUGAAUUCAGCGUCUCUCACUGUGAAAAUCACGGUGAGAAGCACGCAAGCGCCUCUAGUGGCUGCCAAUGAGACAGCCACUAGAGGAUUAGGGGGAAGGCUUAACCCAUUCAUAAACAUAGCAGUUUCUCUGAAACUGCUAUGUUUAUAAAAAAAUGGGUUAACCCUAGAAGGACCUGGCACCCAGACCACUUCAUUAAGCUGAAGUGGUCUGGGUGCCUAGAGUGGUCCUUUAAACAGAUUCUCCAACCAAAAACCCUUCCUAGCCUGCACCCUCAUUAAAACAACAAAAACAUUCUAAAAACUUACCUCCAUUUCAGCGCCGAGACCAAAUUCUUUCUGCUGCCUGAUCUUUCUUUGCUGAUAUUAGGAGGGAGCAUGGUCUGAUGUGAGGACAUGCGCAGCAUGUGGGGUGGGGGCGUGUCACCAUUGGCUCUAUGACGUCAUGAUGUGUGUGCUGAUAUCAGACACCAAAUUUGCACGGAAUUGUUAUUAGCAAGCCUGAAACUCUUGUUUUGUGCAUGCUAAUGACGCUUGGCAGCAGAGCAGAGGCGGUAAUCUCCAUAUGUGCAGUGUUUCACAGUAAAAUUCUGCACAUACAGAUCCCAAACACCAUGACCACUUCAAAUCACUUAAUUGGUCAUAGUGCUGGAUUAACUCUUUUUAAUAAUAAGACGUAAGGACAACGUUUGACAGGCCGAUUUUUGGCAAAUGGUGCAGGUAAAACAAAACGUGUGUACACAAAUCAAAAGUGCAAUUAGUGCAAAUAAGAUGUUAGCAGACAGAAACUUGCCUGAUUUUUGGCAAAUAGCGGAUCCUAAAGCUGCUUCUGCCACUACAUUUUGACAUUUCACAUCAGCCAUCACUUGCCAUUGCUGAUGGCAACAGGCAUUUAAUCAUGACAUGUUUAAUAAAUUCUUGUGGCAUCCAAUUACACAUUCGCUAGAAAGUCUGUGAUGGAUCUCAUUUCUGCAAGAGUACCACUGUGACAUGGGGUCCUUGCAGAUAAAACCACCAAGAGACCAGUUUUGGAUGAUGGGCACGCAUAGGAGGGAGAGCUCAGGUAACUGUCUUGUCUCCUUUCCUUUUUUUCCCAUGCAAUGGACUAGUCUGUAUAAACUGUCAUUAACCAUUGAAAGAUAAGUUGUAUAGGAAACUCCUCUUUUUGAUUUACUACUUUAAGAUGUAACUGUAUUGAAAAUGCUUACAUCAGGGGUGUCCAAUGCCAACCCUCCAACCCAUUGUCUUUUUUUGUUCUUAUUUUAGUGGUUGAUUUAGUUGCUUCUGAUUUAGAAGAAUUGGCCCAGAAAUGUUCUCUGUCAUACAAGGUAAUAUUUAUAUGUGAAUUUACAUUUGAAAUAAUGUAAGCUACAAUCCAAAUACUAUCUUGGAUGUUUUCUUAGCAGACUAACGCAAUAAAUUAAAGAAUGCAAAUGUUUAAAAUGAAAUAAUGCAAAAGACACUCAUCUUUCACACUCCCUCAUUUGCGCAGGUUCUGACUUCUCAAUGAGCUCUGGUACUGUCAUUGCUUUCCAGAGUUUUAUUGGUAUCUGAGCAGUGUGCUGUAGACUAGUCCACAAGUAGCUUCGUUACAUUGGUUUUGCAAGAUACCAGUAAUCUCCAGGUUGCAUGCAUAAAGGCUUCUGAUAGUAGCUACAUUCAUGCUGUUGAUGAAUGAAAUUACUUAUGACUGGGUUUGCAACACAACUUGCAGGUCCCUCAUUAGCAUAGUUGUCUAUAUCUCACAGAAAUUUUUUUAAAUGUAUUUGUUUUUACUAUGUUUUUUUUUUUUUUUUUUUACCGCUUACUGGCAUUGGGGGGAGAAAACAAAAUGUGGAGCUAGGGAUCUAGCUAGUGUGCAGUUAAGUAAUACUAAGAUGUUUUACCAUGAAGAUUGCUUUAAGAGUUUUUCUAAUUUUUAGUGUGCCCUUGGGUCUCUUAGUAUACUUGUUUUUCAUCUCUAAUUUUAUCUUACAUAAUGAUAUUUUAUAACCCUAAGAAGUGUGGACGGCUGAGAUACCCUGCCAGGUGAUUGGUGUAAGUGAAAUACAUAUUGUAUUUAUCCUUUGUUUUUGUUUUGUCUCUGUAGACUUUGGUAGCUGUGAGACGGGUGCUGCUUGCUCGGUACUCGGCAUUUCCCACCAAUGCUGCAGAUUUGUAUGAAGAACUGAAGGGCUCCACUGCCAUCCUUCCUACAGGCAACCAUAAGUAAUUGGUCCUUUUUCACAUUACAAUUAAGAUGUAUAGAAAUGCAGUUCCAGCUUGGGGAAAGCGGUCUGCUUUGAUGUUUACUAGUAUUAAGUUCUUUAAAGGCUUUGAAAAUUAUCUUCCAUUCAAAUUACACCUCAGCUUGUUUAGUGAUGUCCUCUACUCUAAUUUUUAUGAAGCAGUAAAUGCUGAAUAAACAUGUAUUUUUUUGUUUUUAUACUCUUAUACUCUCUUGUCCAUAUUAUGGUAUCACCAAUGUUUCCCUGAAUCAUUAUGCAGGUUGUUAAACGUCUAUGUUGUUAAAUUUCCAUGCGUCUUCGGCUUGCAUACCAUUAUGCACCAACAACAUUGGUGUGGUGUUUGAAAAUGGAAAGCAUCUUGCAGCAAACACGCAAGCAGCAUUAUACACAUGCAUGUCUUUGCUUGUUUAAUUUCUUUAAGGUAUAAUUUUUUUACUUUAUAAACAAUACCAGCAUAUUUUUUACUAUAUGUAAUCUGCAGGCUAGACUUUCUCUUGGAUUCUGGAUUAUACACAGGCGAGGUGACAGAGAUUACCGGAGCAGCUGGCAAUGGAAAGACACAGGUUAGUCUUGGUUAAAGUGCAUUUUAUUUAACCAUUUUGCAGAAAUUUUAGCAGGUGUUUGUCCAAGAAACUAUCCAUGUUUUUGUUAACUUGAAGACUCCUGGUCCUACAACCUGAGAGCAUGCCUCCCAAAAAUGGGGGAUUUAGAUGCAGAAACAUUGUGUAGGCCCAUCAGUCAAGUGGGGCGACCCAGCCUAUCGUCCAUGCUUGUCUGGCUUUCCGGGCUCACUGUUACACAUGAAUUACCCUAAAUUUGAACAGUCCCACCAAACGCUGACAGUUGUGUGAUAUGUAAAAACCAUGUUCCACUUUUGAAAGAAUUACACCAUUCCUAGUUUAGUAAAUUUCUCUAUGAGGGGUUAUGCCCCUUAGUCUCUAUAGGCUGAACAUGUGAGGGCCAUGAAUGCUUUAUGGAAUUUAAGGGAAAAAUCUACAUACAAAAAACACCACUGAAAACCAGUAUGCAAAAAUUAUCCAUGUAAAACAUUUUGCUGCACUAUUUUUUUUUUACAAACAAACAAAAAUCUAUCAAAAGCACAUACACAAUGAACAAACUAUAAAUGCACCUGAUGGAAUUUUUAUAUUGUAUGCUUAUUCUUUAAAAUAACAAGUUACUGUGUAAUAUUUAAAUGUUUUGUAGCUAAUGCAAAAUGCUAAAUGUCCUCAGAUGUUUUAAUUUUUUUCCAUAGUUUUAUGAGUCAAAGAGUCCAUUGGCUUUUUUUCUCAAAGUGUUUGGGUUUGAUGAAAACUGUGGUUCCCAAAGGGAAUCUGAGACCAUCCCUCCUCAACUGCAAAUAUAAUGCAGAAUUCACACUUCAGCAUUACAGCUGCCAAUUCUGCCCAUUCUGUAUGGUUUUGAUAUUCUAAAGAGGUUUCCAAUAUUUACCUUCUCUAGUGUGUUUUCAUUUUUUCAUUCCUGUAUUUUUUUAGAUCCGAGUUGCUAUGUUGAUCUUCUGUUUUAUCUGUUUAGUCAAUUGCACAUAUUGCUUCUUUAUAUUUUUAAUUGAAUUAUCUGACUUUUAUAGUUAAUUGGUGCGUUCUGCUUUUAUUUACAUACAGACGUUUGUUAAUAUUUCCUAUUACCUGCAAUUUUCUUUUUGUAACAUCAGUUUUCCCACAUGCAAGUGGAAAAUGAUUGAAAAGUAACUUUUUGAAGUUCAUGCACAUUACCAAUGUUGUCUGUGUCAGGUGUGCCAUAGCAUUGCAGUCAAUGUGGCGUACGGUCUGAAGCAGAGCGUGCUUUAUAUAGAUACCACAGGAGGACUGACAGCCUCCCGCCUGUUGCAGUUGGUACAGUCCAGGACUGAACAGGAAGCUGAGCAGGUGAGCUUAUCAAGCAAUGCAACUUGGGAAAGAGUAAGUCAUAUUAUGAAUUCUUAUUUCAUGUCUUAAUUGCGUCUUACAGAUAGCAGCUCUACAGAGGAUCGAGAUCAUCCAUGUUUUUGAUGUCUACAAACUGUUAGAUUUACUCCAGGAUCUGAGAUGUAACAUUUCCCAACAGGUAUGAUGAAUAUUGUAAAUGUGGUCAGUGUCCACAAUGUACAGCCAGUUUUAAUAUUUGAUGGGUUUUGGCACCUGGUUGAAAGUAUCUUGAAAAACAAUACAGCAGUUUUUUAAAACAAAGAGGAAUGAAAAAAUAAUGGAUAUCAGGCAGAAACCCCCCCACAAAACAAGGAUCAGUGCAUUAUCAAUAAAAUACAUUUAUACUAGUAGGAAGCUAUAGAACCAAUGGGUAGUUAUUCAGUCAAUAGGCUAAUGACUAAUUUAUCUGAAGAGUACAUAUCUGCUUUGUGUAUAGUUUACAGACCGUUGGUCGAUUGUAUUCAUACAACAUACAAAAUCCAGCGCACUCACUCAUUCACUAAACCACAAUUUCAAGUCUUACAGAAUGUAAUAGUUUUAUUUUAAAAAAUCCAUAAAUGAUUGUCAUCCAAAGUUGGCAGAAUUGAUGUUGUUAUUGUAAAAGUCAUAUUUAUAGUGUAUUGUAUUUUCUGAUUCUCAACUGAGUGGGUCUGGCCAUCCACAUGCACAUCUACAUUAAAGUUGGUUUCCUCCCCUACUAUAUAGGUCAUAGAGUCCAGCUCCUGGAAGCAUUACCAUUGCACUAUUGAUGUUCUAUUAUAGCAUACAUUUGUUGUAGGCUACAAACAAUUAACCUUAGCUGUUCAUUGUUCUGUCACGCUAUUAAGUGCUAUUACAACAUUAACCAAGGGGAACAAAGCAGCAGAGGUAGGUAAAGAAGUUGUUAUUAAUUUUAGAUCUCAUCUAUCAAACCUAUUAUUAAAAUACUAAGUUAUUCAAAGUUCAUUGAAACAAACACACUCACCCCUGAAUGAAGACACUGCAAUCUGUAUGGUAUGAAGGUGUUGUAAGAGACAAAUAAUGGCGUGGUGGAUUUGUCUAAUGUUUUUGUAAUGAGCAUUGAAAGCCAUUUUAAAUUGCACAUUAUUGAUUAGUAUCACUCUCUCUGGAUAAGUGCACUGUAUACGAUGUUAUUCCAUCCCUGUAACCCAUUUUGAGUCAAAUUAAGUUGCAUGCUUUAAUCUUUAUGUGUAUGUAUAUAAUUUUUUUUUUUUUUUUUUAAAGCAACACAUGUCUAAAUCCGGUUUGUUCAUGUUGCUUGCAAAAAUGUUAUGUCUGAUUAAAGUCAGUGUAGUAAACAUUAUCUUGUAUUAACUGUUAGGUACAGUGUAUCAAUUUUUAUUUUAAACAUUAGUCACAUAAAGAAUUAAUUACAUUAUCUGUUUUUCAGCUUUUGAGAUCUGGGGAACCACUUCGACUUGUGAUUAUUGAUUCUGUCUGUGCUGUUAUUUAUCCAAUACUCGGAGGCAAACAGACAGAAGGUAGGUAAGGAUAAAUAUAUUAAAAUAACUGGGUAUGGCUUUAUCUCAAAUCAGUAAAUUAUAUUUUAUCAUAAUCCAUAUAGUGUUAAAGAGUCACUCCAGGCUAAAUCUGACCGGUUUCGUUCUAUUGCUUUGUGUAGAUAAUUUUAGGUUAACAUUUGAUAAACGUUCCAGCAUUUGCAAUAAAUUCCAGACUUUACUUUCAGUUAGCACGGACCAGUCAAGGAAGUCCUCAACCAUUGAGGGUGCUCCAAUAACUUCCUAUGGAACAUUUGAAAUUGAUGAUUUUAUAGCUUCCACAGGUGGCAGAUAUCUAAUAGCUGUGUGUGAGAACUGUGAUUGUCAGCAAAGUCUGAUAUGGUAUAAUUGGGAAGUUCCAAAUGACAGUGAUUUACACUUGAUGUCCCUUUGUUUUAGUUACCUUUUUUAAAUUCUUUCAAAUAUAAAUUUUGUAAAGACAAACAGGGACCAAUUUGAUCAUUGUGUUUGGAUGUGAUGUGUUGCUAAGCUUUAAAUUUCUUUGCUCUCUUCUUUAGGUAUGGCUAUUAUGAUGUAUUUAGCGAAGGAAUUACAGAUGUUGGCACAUGACUUCAAACUAGCUGUUCUAGUGAGUUUACAUUGUAACUGUUUUAAACAUACACUUUUUUUCUUUUUCAAUCAAAUGCUAUUAAAGGAGAACUGUCACGACUCUGGAAUUUAUAUGAUAUAAAAAUUAUAAUUGAUAAUCACCCAUAACUUGAGUUAAUCUUUUUGUCAUGCGAUGCUCAAUAAUUCCUUUUAAAUUAUUGUUUCGAUUUAGAAAAUGGCAUCACAGUUCACUUCAUUGCAGGCACAACUUGAGCACACAUUGCAAAUGAACAGGAGAAAUAGAAACAAAAAUUUUCCUCUUCUCUUUAUGCGUUCUUUAUGCUGAGUGCCUGGUGCAAAGGACAGAAGUUUUAACAAUGGAGGCAUCCAGUUGGAAGAUAAUAAAUAAAAUAGUGUUCAUUGCUACCUGUAAUUUUAUUUUUCACACAUCACAAAUACAUAUUUGUUAAAUAGACAAGUAAACAUAAAAAUGUUGGGAAUGCAGUUCCCUUUGGAAGUGGUCAUGGAGCAAGCAAUCUGUAUGUGGAGCAUGUCUGCUUGAAACGCUGCAUAUACAGAGAUAUUUGCACUUUUGCGCCAUGGCUUAGUUGCACCACCGGCACACGUGACAUAAGCAGACCGAAACUCUGUUGUGGACAGCAUUAUGUUAAAUCAAUGCAAAAAUUAUGUAUUUUGUCAGCACACUGGAAACAGACUUCAGCACUGUGAGCACGCCUACAAGGAGAAGCUUAUAUUUUCCUUAUGUCCAUUCUGAGAUCACUCCCUGCCUACCAAUAUUUUUUUAUUUUUUUUUUAAUGCCCACCCUAGUCCAUCCAACAUUCCCUCCUCCUCUCUGCUCACAGUGUACGUAUGUGCUCUGAGCCUGAUGAUCGGACCAAUCAAAUGCUUCUCAUAGCGAAGAAUUCGAUUGGACCUCAGAGAGGGAAGAAAUUACACAAUGUGACGACGGACAGAAUGUGGAAAGAAUUGAGGAGACCUUUGAGGAAAGUUUUUAUUCUUAUUUUACAGGUUUUUCAAUUAGAAAUAGAGUGAUGCCCAAGGGUAGUUACUAGUGUGCAAUAGUGCAUUACAAAUAACAAAUAAAGUAAUAGUAAAAAAAGGGUUGGAGAACCCUUUAAUUACUAAAUUUCAAAAGUAGCCUUUGCUUUUUUUGUUGUUGGUACGAAAACAAUUUAUUUGGAGCAUUUUCUUACGUAUUUUCGCAAAUCUGCACAUACUAUGCUAUAUUCUCCAAGCUAGUCCUGUCUGUUCUGAAAUAGCAGCUUGACAAGUGAUUGUCUAUAUCUGCUCUUAUUGUGUAGCAUGUUUACUUAGUUUUUUUUAAAUUUAUAUUAUGUGCCUGGCUUUACUGGCAUAUGGUACAUGGAAGAAGGAGCAUCAGGCACUCACAGGGUUCAGAGACAAAGCAGAUAUACUGUAUCAAAAAACAGAGCAGCACAGAAAAGAGAAGGGACCACACUAAUUCCUGGAAAGCGCAGGACUCCAUAUGCUGAGGAUCUGCUGGUCCUACUUCAGUAAGUAUCCUAUGGUUUCAGGAAUUGGGUGCAGUUUAUGCUCUCUUCUGUUUCUUUACUGGCAUAGUCAGAGCAAAACAUGCAGAUGUAACCCUUACAAUACUGUACACCCAAGUGCUUACAUUCUGCAAAUGUACUUGUACUGCAUUUCUCUACAUAUGCCCAAGAGUACCCAGAGCAUCGAGGGGCAAUGAUGCUGACAUUGCCAUGGACACAGAAAUGCUCCAGACAUUCAAGUGUCUUUAACUUAUCUCAACUGCAAUCACUCCUCAUCAGUAAGUGAUGCACUCUUGCAGAAAUUCUUAGUGGAUACUAUGAUCACGUGCUUUCUAGAACUCCAGACUGAGACAGGAAAGUCUGCACAAGCUAAACAGUCUACACUAUUUUGUCAAAAUUCAUAAAGGGUUCUUUAAAAAUACUUGUAUUUGUAAUGGCAACAAACACUAUUAAAGGUUUAUGACUGGUAAUGUUAUGCUUUUAACAUUGUCAGAGACAGCAACAACAACAAAAAAAAUAUAGAAAAUCACCCCAGUGUUUCAGAAUAAGUACUGUUUCAGAACAUCUGGUUGAAGUUGAUGUCUUUUUGUGAUUGUUUUGAAUACAGACAACAAAUCACGUCACUAAAGAUGGAUUUAAUGGCAUCCGGCCAGCCCUGGGUCGUUCUUGGAGCUUUGUCCCCAGCACUCGCAUUUUGUUGGAGAGGCCGGAGCGUAGCUUGGAGAGUGAACAUCGCAUUGCAUCCCUUAUCAAGUCACCACGGCUGGUAAUGUGACUUUUUUUUUUUAAAGUCUUCAGAGAACAGGAAGUUCUAAGUCUGAGCUUAGCCUGAAGGAGGCCAAACUUAGCUUAUGGAAGCUUUUAAGUAGGAGCUUCUGGUUCUCCUAGUUGCAGAGAGGAGGAGAGAAGCGGCACCCAGAAGAUCCCAAGUAAAAAGUCGAAAUGUUAAAAAAACAGUGUGACACAAUGGCUAGGGCACUCCUGGCACCAAAACCACUACAGCACAAUGUAGAUUUUAUGAUGAUCAAAGUAUUCUUUUAAACCAAUGUCAUCAGAAGCAGUAUAAUAGAUGUAGAUAUCGGGAUUGUAGGACACAGACCCAAUAUUAGGACUGUCACACAAGACAGGUAUGAUGGAUAGCCACAGACCUUAUCUGCUUUUUAGUAUGAUAUAGAUGGUGUAAGAGUUCUCUGAGGAUGCCAGUUUAUUUCUUUAUCCAUAUAUUAUUAUUGGUAUUUAUAUAGCGCCAAAUAAUUCCACAGCGCUUUACAAUAUUGUGAAAGGGGGGAGGGGGAAUUUACAAUAAAUUAGAUAAUUACAAAGUGACACAGGAACAAUAAGCCCUGCUCAAACGAGCUUACCGUCUAGAGCAGGCUUCCUCAAACUCCGGCCCUCCAGAUGUUGCUGAACUACAACUCCCAUGAUUCUAUGAAUGAAAUAGGCUGAGAAUCAUGGGAGUUGUAGUUCAGCAACAUCUGAAGGACCAGAGUUUGGGGAAGCCUGGUCUAGAGGAUAUAUGGCACAGCUUUAUUGUUUUCCCCUUUUGCAACUAAUCUUUUUAUAUUCCAGCCUACUAAUCUUCAAGUAGAGGUGCAGGUCGGAUGCUUUGGAACACUGGACGAAAUCAAGCCAGUCUCCGCCUCUGCAUUAUAGUAGCUCACUUUGAACUUUAAAAACUGUAUUCCGUGAUAAAUGUCUACACAGUUAAAUGGAAGUUGAAGCACUACUGGCUUGUACAAUUGAUUGAAAAUACUGCAAAGACUAAAAUAUGGAUUGUGGGUGUUUAUUUUGUAAACCGAUGAGAUGCAAUGUUAAAAUAUGUUUAAUUUUAAAGAAACAUUUUCUGUUUAAUUUGUUACUUACUUAUAUACACUGUGUGUAUCAUUAAAUUUGUAAAACAAUAUUUGUUUUUCUUCUAAGAAGUGUUAAGUAUUGCUUGUUUCUUUCUUCAUUAGCAACUUACUGGGUUUUAUAUUGUCCCACCCAGUAGUAGUAUGGAGCCUGGGAAAUGUGUGGUGCAAGGAAGCACAUAGUAAAAGAGCUGUUCCAACAGCUAUUCCCGUGGGAACAAAAGGAUCAACAAAGCCUUUUAUCUUUCAAAGGUCGAUGAAAUGAGUGCCAUUAAAUUGGAUCAUUAUAAAUGAUAAACCACAGGUCCUACUAGUGAAAGCUAAAUUAAUUUCUCCUAGUUAAUUAAUUUUAUAUUAUGGUUAAUGUUAUUUAGUAAUACUGGAGUGUUCUAAAUUUGUUCUGUUUCACAUCUGACUUUCAGUCUGAUGUCUAGACUAGUCUACACUUGUUUCCAUCGCUUAACUAAACUGACACAAAUUAGCAACCUUAUAAAUUAUGACAAGAUCUACUUUUUACAAAAACUAUUGAAAAUGUAUGUGAUCAAACUAUCACACAAUGAUCAAUAUAAACAUAUUCUAAUAACUGCUAAUUAUCCAAAAAUGGACCAAUUAAAAAUGACCAGUCAAAUGCUGAUCUUAAUUUCUGUGUUUUUUUUUUUUUUCAUUAUAGUUCAGAGUGUGUGAUAAAUAUUGAAAAGAAGGUGAGGUUAAUAAA